GUUGGCCAGUUUCUUUCUCCUGAGGGUGCCUACUGACAGACGGUGGCCCUCCCCAGUGCUGCAGGUGACCGAAUGAGAAAUUAGGACGACGAGAGAGCCCGGAAAACAUGACCCUCCUGUUUUUGCUUCUGACCUGCCUUUUCCUGCUCAUCUCUGAUUCCUAUGAAUUCUUCACCAAAGCAGAUUAUUCUAGAAGCUAUCCUUGUGAUGAGAGAAGACAAAAUGGCUCUGUUAUUGCAGAGUGCAACAGCCGUCGACUGCAAGAAGUUCCCCAAACAGUGGGCAAGUAUGUGACAGCACUAGACCUGUCUGAUAAUUACAUCACACACAUAACAAAUGAAUCAUUUCAAGGGCUGCAGAAUCUUACUAAAAUAAAUCUAAACCACAAUGCCAAUCCACAACACCUGAAUGAAAAUCCUGAUACAAACAAAAAUGGCAUGAAUAUCACAGAUGGGGCGUUCCUCAACCUACAGAACCUAAACCAGUUACUGCUUGAAGACAACCAGUUAUACCAAAUACCUGCUGGCUUGCCAGGGUCUUUGAAGGAACUUAGUCUAAUUCAAAACAACAUAAUUUGGGUAACUAAAAAGAACACUUCUGGGCUUACAAAUCUGGAAAGGCUCUACUUGAGCUGGAACUGCUAUUUCGGCAAUAAUUGUGACAAUAAAACUUUCGACAUAGAAGAUGGAACGUUUGCAAGUCUUACGAAUUUGAAGGUGCUGUCACUGUCUUUUAAUAAGCUUGUCCAUGUGCCACCUAAACUGCCAGACUCCCUAAGAGAACUUUAUCUUAGCAACGCCAAGAUUAAAAUCAUCAGUCAGGAAGAUUUCAAGGGAUUGAGAAAUUUAAGAGUGCUAGAUUUAAGCGGGAACUGUCCGAGGUGUUUCAACGCCCCAUUUCCCUGUACACCUUGUGAAGGAGGCUCUUCAAUUCAGAUCCAUCCUCUUGCUUUUCAAACCCUGACGGAACUUCGCUACCUGAACCUCUCUAGCACUUCCCUCCAGAAGAUUCCGGCAACGUGGUUUGAGAAUAUGCAUAAUCUGAAGGUGCUGCAUCUGGAAUUCAAUUACUUAGUUGACGAAAUGGCCUCUGGGGAAUUUUUAACGAAACUGCCCUCCUUGGAAAUACUUGACUUAUCUUUUAACUACGUAAAGGCGAAAUAUCCAAAAUAUAUUAAUAUUUCCCGAAACUUCUCUAAUCUUAAGUUGCUCCAGGCAUUGCACUUAAGAGGUUAUGUGUUCCAGGAACUUAGAGCAGAAGACUUCCAGCCUCUGAUGAGUCUCUCAAAUCUAAAGACUAUCAACUUGGGCGUCAACUUCAUUAAGCAAAUUAAUUUUACACUUUUCCAAAAUUUCUCCAACCUGACGAUCAUUUACUUGUCAGAAAACAGAAUAUCACCCUUGGUAAAUGAUAUCCAGCAAAAUGACCUAAGUGGUUCCUCUUCUCCAAGUCAUGUCCUUAAGCCACGCUCAGCGGAUGUUGAGUUUGACCCACAUUCAAAUUUUUAUCAUAACACCAAUCCUUUAAUAAGGCCACAAUGUUCAGUUUAUGGCAAAGCCUUAGAUUUAAGCCUGAACAGUAUCUUCUUCAUUGGGCGAGAGCAAUUUGAAGCUUUUCAUGACAUUGCCUGCUUAAAUCUGUCUUCAAAUGGCAACGGUCAAGUGCUACAUGGGACUGAAUUUUCAGCUGUGCCGCAUAUCAAAUAUUUGGAUCUGACAAACAAUAGACUAGACUUUGACGAUGACAGCGCUCUCCGUGAUCUGCCCGAGUUAGAAGUUCUAGAUCUCAGCUACAAUGCACACUACUUCCGAAUAGCAGGGGUGACACACCGCCUGGGAUUUAUUCAAAAUUUAACACAACUGAAAGUUUUAAACUUGAGCCACAACAGCAUUUAUACUUUAACGGAGCAAGACCUGAAAAGCAUGUCCCUGGAAGAAUUAGUUUUCAGUGGAAACCGCCUUGACAUUCUGUGGAAUGCUGAAGGUGACAAGUACUGGAAAAUUUUUACAAGUCUCAGGAAUCUGACACGGCUCGAUUUAUCCUUGAAUAACCUUAGGCGCAUCCCGAAUGAAGCUUUCCUGAACUUGCCCCACAGUCUCACCCAACUAUACAUAAAUAAUAACGCAUUAAAUUUCUUUAACUGGACAUUACUCCAACAGUUUCCACAUCUCCAGGUGCUGGACUUGAGUGGAAACAGACUAUCCUCUGUAACUAACAGCCUCUCCAAAUUCACGCCUUCCCUGCGGACGCUGCUACUGCAUCGAAACAGGAUUUCUCACCUGCCCUCCAGCUUUCUUUCCGAAGCCAGCAGCCUGAUCCACCUCGAUUUGAGUUCCAACCUGCUGAAGAUGAUCAACAAAUCCACGCUUCAAACUAAGACCAACACCAGUUUAAGCAUUUUGGAACUAGGUAGAAACCCUUUUGACUGUACCUGUGACAUUGGAGAUUUUCGAAGAUGGAUAGAUGAAAAUCUGAAUGUCACAAUCCCUAGGUUGACAGACAUCAUCUGCUCUAGUCCUGGGGAUCAAAAAGGGAAGAGCAUCAUGAGUCUGGAGCUAACAACUUGUAUUUCAGAUACCAUCGCGGCAGUGCUGUGUUUCUUCACAUCCUUGAUCACCAUCACUGUGAUGUUGGCUGCCUUGGGUCACCAUUGGUUUUACUGGGAUGUUUGGUUUAUCUAUCAUGUGUGUUUAGCUAAGGUAAAAGGCUACAGGUCUCUUUCCACGUCCCAAACUUUCUAUGAUGCCUACGUGUCUUAUGACACCAAAGAUGCCUCUGUUACCGACUGGGUGAUAAAUGAGCUGCGCUUCCACCUAGAGGAGAGUGAAGGGAAAAACGUGCUCCUCUGUUUAGAGGAGAGGGACUGGGACCCCGGAUUAGCCAUCAUCGAUAACCUCAUGCAGAGCAUAAACCAAAGCAAGAAAACCAUAUUCGUCUUAACCAAAGAAUAUGCCCAGAACUGGAACUUUAAAACAGCUUUCUACUUGGCCUUGCAGCGGCUCAUGGAUGAGAAUAUGGAUGUGAUUAUAUUUAUUCUGCUGGAGCCAGUGUUACAGCAUUCUCAGUAUUUGAGGCUGCGGCAGAGGAUCUGCAAAAGCUCCAUCCUUCAAUGGCCGGACAACCCCAAGGCGGAAGGCUUGUUUUGGCAAAGUCUGAAAAAUGUGGUCUUAACUGAAAACAAUUCCCGGUAUAACAAUUUGUAUGUUGAUUCCAUUAAACAGUACUAACUGGUGUUAAGCCACGGUUCACCACCAUAAUAAAAAUGCAAAGCAAU